AAGCGCAGUUUCAUUUCUGACUUUGGAAUAUGCGCUCAAAAGAAUAAUUAAUUCUGCAAUGAAGCAGAACCAAACAACUUUUCUAAUAUAUUGAAGAAAUUGGUUAGGCUUAAAGCUCAACUAAAGGAAUUCAAGGAAUUACAGGAAUUGAUUUCCUUUUAUCAGUUACCAAGAGCGGUGAUGUAACGCUGGUCUGAAAUGAUGGGCUACUGUGGCUCUGUUUAGAUGAGGGCCCAGCUUUACGUAAGAUGCCUUGCCCCCUGCCCCGGUACCCGUCUCAGUGAUGAAGAGCGCCCCUACCAUCUUCCUCCUCACUCUGUCUGUCUUGUGUAGAGCUGAGAGUGUGAGCGGUAAGACUGUUAAGGACACAGUGCAAGAAUGGAAUAGGUAUCGGAACGAGUGCCUAAGUAAGAUAAGCGCACAACCCACCCCCUCAGGCUUGUUUUGCAAACCCAUGUUUGAUAUGUAUGCUUGUUGGACAAAUGGAGUUCCUAACACAACUGUUAAAGUACCCUGCCCCUGGUAUCUGCCCUGGUAUGAUCAAGUGCGUAAUGGGUUUGUGACACGGGAGUGUGGACCAGAUGGCCAGUGGCUCACUGUCAACAGCAGUCGCACCUGGAGAGAUCACUCACAAUGCGAUGCAGACAGCAGACAGCAGUUAGCACAGGAGAAUCAGAUGCUGAUCUUGGCCUAUUUCAGGGUGAUAUACACCAUUGGCUACUCGCUGUCUUUGGCCAGUCUGUCUUUAGCUCUAGUCAUACUUCUCAUAUUCAGGAAGCUUCGUUGCACACGGAAUUACAUCCACACCAACCUGUUUGCCUCAUUUAUCCUGCGAGCUCUGUCUAUCCUCACGAGAGACGCUCUUCUCAUGAAAGACGCUCCUGAGUUCAGAGACAACAAAGAUGUUUCCAUUGUUCUUAGUGACCAGGUGAUGUCAAGCUGUCGUGUGGCCCAGGUCCUGAUGCAGUACUGUGUUGGGGCCAAUUACUAUUGGCUGCUGGUAGAAGGUCUCUAUCUUCACAAUCUUCUGGUUCUAUUGGUCUUCUCGGAGAAUAGUUACUUCUGCGUAUACCUCUUCAUAGGUUGGGGAACUCCUGUGUUGUUUGUGGUGCCUUGGAUUGUUGUGCGUUACCUGCAGGAGAACACAAGGUGCUGGGAGAUCAACGAGAAUAUGGCAUAUUGGUGGAUCAUUCGAACGCCAAUAGUUUUGGCAAUUUUAGUGAACUUUUUCAUAUUUAUAAGGAUCAUUCAGAUCCUCAUCUCUAAAUUAAAAGCACAUCAGAUGAGAUAUACAGAUUACAAAUUUAGGUUAGCGAAGUCCACGCUGACCCUCAUUCCCCUGUUAGGGAUUCAUGAGGUUGUGUUUGCCCUGAUGACAGCGGAACAGACUGAGGGUGUGCUUCACAAUCUCAACCUAUUCUUCGAACUAUUCUUCAACUCUUUUCAGGGUUUUCUGGUGGCCAUAUUAUACUGUUUUGUCAAUAAAGAGGUGCAGUCCGAAAUCAAAAAGAAAUGGCAGCGAUGGAAACUGGGAAUAAGCAUUUUGGAUGAGCAGCAUAACACGGGCAGCAACACACAGCAGGGAGGUGCCGUGCCUCUGUGCCACCAUGACCCACCCUGUUCCCAAGAGUGUCCUCUGGACAGUGGCAGCCAACUGUCCUCCGAUCCAACACCGUCGGGCAGCCAACAGAGCACUCAGCAUCACUAUCAUCCUGGAGCAAAGAAAGGCAAAGCCUAUUGCUACGUCUCUGCCAAAAAGCAGGUUCAAAACGGGUUGGAAGUGCCAGCUUUGCCCCAGUGUGAAGGCGAGGGUGCAGUGAAGUAUUUAGAGAGCUACUGCUGACAGCUGUGAGGGGUUUAGAUUUUAUCCAUCCCUCGAUUGAAGCUAGAUAUCAUGGAGGGUAUUGGAAUAUGAGGCCUGUAACCCAAACUGUGACAACUGUGGAGCUGUUUUUUGGCAUAUAUUGAUACCCACUUGGAUUUGUUUUACAAUUGAAUAUUCUUGAAAUACAUUGCACUUGAAUAAUCGAAGACUGAAUAACUAGAAACAGGCUACUUUUGUGUUAUUUGAUUUUUACCACUAUACCUUUCCUGUAGCUCAGUGGUAAGAGCAUUGCGUUAACAACGCAAGGUUGUGGGUUCGAUCCCAGGGAUUGCACAUGCCUGUGUAUGAAUGUAUAGGAUAAAGCAAUGUAAGUCGCUUUGGAUAAAAGCGUCUGCCAAAUGCAUAAAUGUAAAUGUAAAUACCUCAUCCAACUGACCAGAUGAAGUCUAUUGCGUGCCAACAUUGUGGAUCAACUCAAACGUGUACUUAACACAACACAAAGUUACUGAGAUGGUUUUGAUAGCAUGAGUAUUGUCUGUUGAAUGUAAAAAUACCAGUAUAUUCACAGGUAAGGCACACAAACAUAACCUAGCCUGCAAGGUCCCCAUCAAUACACUGGCCGCAAAAAGGAUAUGGAUACUUAAACCACACAUAAAAAAGUAUAAUGUUACAUUACAUAAAUUAUAAAAACCAUUGAGAUUUGCAAAUUAUUUACGCUUCACCUACUGUACAGUAAAGCUUUACAUUCACAUGUGACCUACUUGGGUAACCACAAGAGUAGGUUAUCACAUUACCAAAUGAACAUGUUCCGCCCAUUGUUGUCUUAAACCCAAACCUUAGCGCACAUACUUUUUAAAUGCAUGACAUAUUGUUUUGCCAAAUCUAUAUUGAAAAUGCACAAACAUUUUUGUGUGGCUUAGACCAAACCAUUUUGGGACCACUGGAUACAUCCAUCAAAAUAAAGGUCAUAAGUCAUUUUUUAUAGUAAAGCACAAGUGCCUCUGUAGGUCUGAGGUCUGUGAGGUGUUAUUUCAUUCUUAUGUAACCAGGGAGCAACAAGGUCUGCCUGCAUUCUCUUAAACAACAGGAAAUCGAAUUCCUUCUUUAUGGUGUAAUUCCCUUUUUUGGUGCCGUGACAGAAACCCAGAGUUUCUACAAAGCAUUUCAAGUGGAUUAGCCGGUGAUUUACUUAAUGAACAACAGUAACAUGGAAACUGUUUUCCCCAAAACUUUGACCUUGUAAAUCAGACCAUCUCAUGAUUUGUGAACCAUUAUGUACACAUCACUAUGGACAAACUCUGUUUGAGAUGCAUUUGUUAUAUAUAUAUAUAUAUAUAUAUUUAUCAGUAGAAUAUUUUAAAACAAAAUCAUUUUCAUUUAGGAAUAAAUUUAUGUGAUUGAAAAGCUUUGUUCAGCUAUCAAAAUUCGGAUUAACAUUUGGACAUUGUGAAUUGACAUCAUAAGACAGAGAUAAAAGAUUUUAAGAGAGAAAAAUGUCAUCAGUACAUUUCUCAAAUUACAGUAAAUUUGUAAAAAAAAUAUUUUUAGACCAAUGUAAAAUAAUGUUUUAGACCCGUUCUCAAUCGUUAAAAUCACUCAACCAUUAUUCUUUUUCUGUCCAAAUGAAUGACAGAUUGAAAAUAAUAAAUCCCAAAACAGCCUAUUUUGUCGCUGGUAUUAUUUAUACAUUAAAGCCUGUUCAAUUUUACUGUAAUUUACCAAAAAACCAUGUUGUAUCACGUGUUAAUAGGUUGAAGAACGACGGAGGGCAUUAUUCGACUUCUGACGCCUUCUAGUGGAUAUAAACAGAACUGCACAACUUCUGAAUUACAUCACUCGCGCGUAAACAUCACAAACAUCAUUUGAAAAAAUUAGUGGUCAUGCAUCAAUCUGUGAUUCAUAUUAUGAUAUACAGUAAAUAUUGAUAAGAUGCCAUAAAACGGUUGUGAGGUAUUUAUUGGACACCCAUUACCCUUGUUUUAUGCUGCUGUCUUUAGUAAUGAACAUGUUAAUAAAGAAAUCACUCUGUUGUCUCAGAUAUUAUUAUGAACGGUUUAACAUAUGUCCUGUCAAACAGUAGCUUUCAGAUAUCCCAAACCAUUCCACAAGCUUUGAGCUUUAU